AGUCGGGCACGCAGCGGUUGGGCGCUGUGGGGUGGCUGCUCCCUCCCACGCAGCGUGCGCGGGACUGGCCAGAAACUCGCUCGCCAUGUCUGCUGCGGAGGCUGGGGAUGUUUUCCACAGAGCCCGGGGCAGGACCCUGGACGCGUUUUCCUCAGAAAAGGAAAGAGAAUGGAAAGGCCCAUUCUACUUCAUCCAGGGUGCGGACCCACAGUUUGGGCUGAUGAAGGCCUGGUCCACUGGGAACUGCAACAGCAGCGGUGAUGAGUGGGAGCAGGAGAUCCGCCUCACUGAGCAAGCCGUUCAGGCCAUCAACAGGCUGAACCCCAAGCCCAGAUUCUUUGUUCUUUGUGGCGACCUCAUCCACGCCAUGCCAGGGAUGCCCUUCCAGAGGGAGCAGACCAAGGACCUUCAGCGAGUGCUGGGAGCCGUUGACAGGGAGAUCCCACUGGUCUUCGUCAGUGGCAACCAUGACCUGGGCAAUGUCCCCACGGUGGAGACUAUUGAAGAGUUCUGCCAGACUUGGGGUGAUGACUACUUCAGCUUCUGGGUCGGGGGUGUCCUGUUCCUGGUACUCAACUCCCAGCUCUGGUAUGACGCCUCCAGCUGCCCUGCCCUGAAGCAGGCCCAGGACCUGUGGCUGGACCAGCAGCUGAGCCUCGCUGGGCAGCAGAAGUGCCAGCACGCCAUCGUCUUCCAGCACAUCCCGCUGUUCUUACAGAGCAUUGACGAGGACGAUGACUACUUCAACCUCACCAGGUCUGUGCGGAAGGAGAUAGCAGACAAGUUCACCAAAGCAGGUGUCAGAGCUGUGUUCUCAGGCCACUACCACAGGAAUGCUGGGGGCACCUACAAGAACCUCGACAUGGUGGUAUCAUCUGCCAUCGGAUGCCAGCUGGGCAAAGACACCCAUGGGCUCCGAGUUGUGGUUGUCACCGCUGAGAAAAUUGUUCACCGAUACUACAGUUUAGAUGAGCUGAAUGAGAAAGGAAUAGAAGACGAUCUCAUGGAGCUGAUGAAGCAGUAGUGAGCCUCCCUUGGUGGUCUGUCCACCUUCCUCUUCUAUAAUAUUUUGAUUUUGUUUUGUUUUUACCAGAAUCAGCAGCAGCACACAAGUCAGCCCCUGCUGGAAUGUAAAAGUGGACCAGGCAGGGUUGUGAAUUUACAUCCUUUGGCAUAAACCAGAGAGCAGGAGCCCAUCCUAAAUUAUAUUAAAAUAGAGCUGCCUUCUGUUGAAAAGGAGAGAAGGAGCCUGGAAAUAAUUUUUAGUUAUUAUGACAUUAGACUGUCUCUGGCUGUUUGUGUAAGCUCUCCUAAUGGUGUAUUUCUCAGCUCUGCUUUUGAAUUAGAUUGUUUCUGGCAGUGCCUGAUCAAUGUUUACCUAUUGACCUCAGUCCCAACUUGGUAUUCACAUGUGAUCUUUGAUAAUUCCUUGAACAAACUGCAUCUGAUUAUAUUAAAUUGUGGUCAUGACUCCCCAAAAUGCUAGGCAAAGCAAAGGUCAUCUCCUUCCCUUCCUGGCAAAACAAAUAGCUGUCUCUCAUAUUACGAGCCAUGGAGACUUAUUUUAACAAGGAGUCGAGUACCCCUUCUCAUUGUUAAAUUCUAAGACUUCUGGUAUUGCUGACAGUAGAACCAGAAUACAGUCAGUACACAUCAGGACUUGAGUUGGCCUCCCUGGUGGCUCCAGAAGUCACCUUUGCACAUACAUUGCCAUUUACGAAACUCAUCCAGAAGCCGAGCACCGAGGCAUGAGAGGUCAUCCACAGCCCCUUGUGUUCCUCCACAUUCGCACUCGGUGCUGCAGUGGGUCUGCAGAUAGGUGUUUCGUGAGACCGGAAUGCCCCACAAUUAAUGAACCUCUUAAUUGCAUCU